AUGCCUGUGCGGUUAGUUCCCCUCGCCUCUGUGACGAUAGGACCGCAGUCUUGGCGGGAUGAUACGAUGCUCUCUAUCCAGAGAGCGGAGCACUUGGUGCGGCAAACCCACGCAGGACGGUCGGGGUCUAUCAGCCGUGCACGGAACUGUAGCGCCGCCGCGUUUACCCCGAGGCGCACAGACACAAUUGAAGUGGAUGGAGGCGGUGAUACUCAUGAUGCUUUGUGCAAGCAUAAACUCAGACCACAAACCACAGGGACAAUGGUGAGAGUGUAUUUUAAAGUUAUGAUGAAUGAAAUUAAUAGUGAAUGAAUGUGCACUAUUUUCAAUCAUGUAGGCUAUAUAAGCUUUAGCCUAAAUUAAAUGUAUUUUUGUGGUAAUUGCUGUUUUGCUAAAUAAUGCACAGUUAAUGAAAUUAAGUUUAAUUAUAUUUGUAAGUUUUAUAUAUUGUUGUAUGUGUAGACUUCAAUGUCAUUCUCUGUCUUGUGUCAUGUUUAGCUCCGAAAUGCUACCCCCACCACAUGUGUGGUUGUUUCCACCUCCCUGCUUUCGAGAGCAAUGUGCGGAGGCCAGUGUAGGGGUAGCAGGGGAGUACAUGCGCGGUGUGAGGGAAGUGGAGGGCGAGAUACGUAGAAAAGCUGUCCGGGUGGCACAGGAAUGCAUUAAACUAGAGAGGGAGAGAGGCCUCCUGGAGAGGAUGCUGAGGAGCCUGAGGUGUGAAAUGCUGAUCAACAAGAAGAGUGUGGAGGGAAGGACCAUGAGACCAGCUACUACUGAGACUGUGAGUUCAGUGUGUGUGCAUGUGUCACAACUGAAUUUAUUUGAGUUAUUUUCAUAUUUCCACCUGACCCAAAGUUUUUCUGCCCAGUACUGCUUUGCUGGACUACAUUAGGCCUAUAUGUAUUAUAAUCUACUGUAUGGUUAUGAGAAAAAAAAACACAGAUGAUUGUUCUCUGUUUCCAGGGCAGAGACGGAGCAGACCAUUUGCUGGAGUGUGAAAAGAGAGAACUCACUGAGCUGAAACAGGAGCUGGAGAGCACUCUGAGGAGCACAUUAGCACAACUACAGGUGAUGACAUCUAACUGCUAUAGGCCGGGUUACUGUAAAAACACUAUGACAAAUGCUAAUGUAGACAGGGCUUUAUAAAAUAAAUGUGAUCGCUUUCUCUCUUUUUAUGGUUUUCAAUGGAUACAGGUGCCUAGAGUUAUGCGUAUGCCUAUUCAAGAAAGUUGUCAAGUUGAUUUGCUAUUGAUAUACCUUUAAAAAAGCCUGUAUUUCUCUCGCUCUCUUCUUGCCAUGUAUAGACCCUGGGUCAGUGCAGUAGGCAGCUGUUGGACUGUGCCAGUGAGAGAGCCCGUGUUCUGGAGCUUCUACCACACACUCGCUCUGGCUCUCUCUCUGCAGGGGGACAGGGAACUCCCUCCCAAGGCCUCAUAAAACUACCAGAGCCAAUCGGCCCCUUCACUCCAGGUGCUAUGUCAAUAACAUACUGUACUAAUGUAACACAGUUUAUGGCACUGCGUUGACGUCACCUUGUCCCAUAUAGCGCCUAUUGUGCUUACACUUUGUUUUAUUGUCAGUGAUUCGCCUAGUUUUUGUCUUAGACACUACAUGGUGACAGUGUAAUUACAUAAUAGUUACAUAAUAGCCACUAAUUUAUUUAUUUGGGAUUUAUUUAAACCAGCACCUGUAGGCUUACCAUUUGCUAGUUAGUCCCACAAAUUGCCCAUUUCUACUAUACACUCUUAGUAGAUACUAGGCAAAUAUCAGCUGAAACAGGUCUGUAAAUUAAAGGAUUACCCACAUCUUUCCUUGUCUCAGAAUGUAAGCAGGUUCUGGAGUCUUCCACUCUGGCUGUGAACCAAUCACAGCUGCUACGAGAGAACAUCAGGCAGAUGAUUGGCAAUGCCAUCACCAGGCAAAAAGCUGCCCACCGUACUGUCAAUGAAGCUCUGGUGAAGAAAAUAGCUGAGACAGUCACUCUGAAGGUACAGCAUGGGACAUACAAUAGUAUUUAACAUUUUAAAGUCAAACUAGUAAAACUCUCAUUCUCUCGCACAGCAAAAUCUCACAAUUAUGUCUGCAGCCGCCAGGCAGGCCAUUUUCCGCAAACAGAGGCAGCUGAACUGCAUUCGUCACAGCCAUGACAGAGCACUGGUCAGUAUGUGAGUGGAACUGUCUGUAGGCUUUGUCAUGCAUAAGAGUGUGCAUUGGAGAUAGUGUCUGUAUCUGUGCUUAUUUGGUAAAGAAAGAGCCACUAAUGUUGGUGUAAUGGUUGGUUGGUUGUAAUAAUGUUGUAGUGGGUGACUUCACUACUCCACCCCUAUCUUCCUAUGUUGUCAUGUGUUUUUCAGGGCCCUGAGUACAGUGGGGAUAUACUUUCCAGAGAGAAACUGAACAGGCCUAUAGUAAAGGUUUACCACAGACACCCUGGGACCGAGUUACCUGAGGCUGCUCAUCUCAUACUGGUAACUAAUGACCUUCAUCUAAAAACGAACAUGAUUGACACUCUUUCUCUUAUAUUAUGUACUUGGCCAUUUACUGUAGUAGACUAAAAUGUCUGUGCAAGUCUUCCAUUGACAUCAAUGCAUGAUUUAUGCAAUCGUAGAGUUAAGUUCUCAUGUUAGAAUUCAGCCCUCUGAGUCUUGUGUUUUUCUCUCAGGGUAGUUCUGUGUUGAGACGCCGCCUGCUGUCCUCUGAAGAGGAGCUCUCCAGGCUGCAGGGCACGUGUCUGCAGCUGGUGGACAACCUGCACGGCAAGAGGGUCGCAGAGCAGGUGGACUCUGCUGUGGUCAGGCUGCGGCGGCAGCUG